GGGGCGCGGCGGCUCGGCCCUGGGCAGCCCUGGGCAGCGCCGGCCGGGCCGAGGAGCAAGCUCUCCCUGCUCCAGCUCUCAGCCCUACAAAUUACAGUUUCACUGAAUUGUACCGGACCUCUCAUCUGGGGACCUGUCCCCUGCCCUCCGUGUUGUACAUUGGACUCGGCGACACUCAGGAAAUGCUUGUCUCCUGCUGUUGACGCAUCAUCUCCCAGUACUAUGGAUCAUGCUGAAGAAAAUGAAAUCCUCGCAGCAAGCCAGAGGUACUAUGUGGAAAGGCCUAUCUUUAGUCACCCCAUCCUCCAGGAAAGACUGCACAAGAAGGACAAGAUUUCGGAUUCCAUCGGGGAUAAGCUGAAACAGGCAUUCACAUGUACUCCUAAGAAGAUACGAAAUAUUAUUUAUAUGUUCCUGCCCAUAACAAAAUGGUUACCAGCAUACAAGUUCAAAGAGUAUGUGUUGGGUGAUUUGGUCUCAGGCAUAAGCACAGGGGUCCUUCAGCUUCCUCAAGGGUUAGCCUUUGCAAUGCUGGCUGCUGUGCCUCCCGUGUUUGGCCUGUACUCUUCAUUUUAUCCUGUUAUCAUGUAUUGUUUUUUUGGAACCUCCAGACACGUAUCCAUAGGUCCAUUUGCUGUGAUUAGCCUGAUGAUUGGCGGCGUGGCUGUCCGAUUAGUACCCGAUGAUAUCGUCAUCCCAGGAGGAGUAAAUGCAACCAACGGCACGGAAGCAAGAGACGCCUUGAGGGUGAAAGUCGCCAUGUCUGUGACCUUACUUUCAGGAAUCAUCCAGUUUUGCCUAGGUGUCUGUAGGUUCGGAUUUGUGGCCAUAUAUCUGACCGAGCCCCUGGUCCGGGGCUUUACCACCGCAGCAGCUGUGCACGUCUUCACCUCCAUGUUGAAGUACUUGUUUGGAGUGAAAACAAAGCGGUACAGUGGGAUCUUUUCAGUGGUGUAUAGUACAGUUGCUGUGUUGCAGAAUGUUAAAAACCUCAACGUGUGUUCUCUAGGCGUCGGGCUGAUGGUUUUUGGUUUGCUGUUGGGUGGCAAGGAGUUUAAUGAGAGAUUUAAAGAGAAAUUGCCGGCACCCAUUCCUUUAGAGUUCUUUGCGGUGGUGAUGGGGACUGGCAUUUCAGCUGGGUUUAACCUGAAAGAAUCGUACAACGUGGAUGUCGUCGGGACACUUCCUCUGGGGCUACUGCCUCCUGCCAACCCGGACACCAGCCUCUUCCACCUCGUGUACGUGGAUGCCAUCGCCAUAGCCAUUGUUGGCUUUUCGGUGACCAUCUCAAUGGCCAAGACCUUGGCAAAUAAACAUGGCUACCAGGUUGAUGGCAAUCAGGAGCUCAUUGCCCUGGGACUGUGCAAUUCCAUUGGCUCACUCUUCCAGACUUUCUCCAUUUCAUGCUCCUUGUCUCGAAGCCUUGUUCAGGAGGGAACUGGAGGGAAGACACAGCUUGCAGGUUGUUUGGCCUCACUAAUGAUUCUGCUGGUCAUAUUAGCCACCGGAUUCCUCUUUGAAUCAUUACCCCAGGCUGUGCUGUCGGCCAUUGUGAUCGUCAACCUGAAAGGAAUGUUUAUGCAAUUCGCAGAUCUCCCGUUUUUCUGGAGAACGAGCAAAAUAGAACUUACCAUCUGGCUUACCACUUUUGUUUCCUCCUUGUUCCUGGGAUUGGACUAUGGUUUGAUUACAGCUGUGAUCAUCGCUCUGCUGACUGUGAUUUACAGAACACAGAGUCCCAGCUACAAAGUCCUUGGACAGCUUCCUGACACUGAUGUGUAUAUCGAUAUCGACGCAUAUGAAGAGGUGAAAGAAAUUCCUGGAAUAAAAAUAUUCCAAAUAAAUGCCCCAAUUUAUUAUGCAAAUAGCGACUUGUAUAGCAGUGCUUUGAAAAGAAAGACGGGAGUGAACCCAGCACUCAUAAUGGGAGCGAGAAGAAAGGCCAUGAAGAAGUAUGCUAAGGAAGUUGGAAAUGCAAAUGUGGCCAACGCAACCGUUGUCAAAGUGGACGCGGAAGUAGACGGAGAAGAUGCCACAAAGCCUGAAGAAGAGAAUGAUGAAGUAAAAUAUCCCCCGAUAGUCAUCAAGAACACAUUCCCUGAGGAACUGCAAAGAUUUAUGCCCCCUGGGGAGAACAUUCACACCAUCAUUCUGGAUUUCACGCAGGUCAACUUUAUUGACUCUGUUGGCGUGAAAACCCUGGCUGGGAUUGUUAAAGAAUAUGGAGAUGUCGGUAUUUAUGUGUAUUUAGCAGGAUGCAGCGCCCAAGUUGUAAACGACCUCACUCAGAAUCGAUUUUUUGAGAACCCGGCCUUGAAGGAGCUUCUGUUCCACAGCAUUCACGAUGCGGUGCUCGGCAGCCAGCUUCGGGAAGCCCUCGCUGAGCAGGAGGCCUCGGCUCUCCCUCCCCAGGAGGACUCGGAGCCCAACGCCACUGCCGAAGCAUAGAUGAAGACCUCGGCUGGGACGGGGUAGGCGCCUCUCGUGAAAUGACUCAUCGUUACACUGUUUAAGUACUACACACUAGUUUUUUCUUCCUAAGGGUAAAUAUCAGUAGUCAAGGCUUGAUUUGGAGGGUGAAUGACGCAUAGAAAGGUGUAUCUUACUUGUGGGGGUUUU